UGUCUCAAGCUCAAGAAAAUGUUGCACUAGGAGUAUUAUCACUUAUUAAAGAAUUAACUAAAAAAACUGUCACUAUGAUAAUUGGUUGUUUUGCAUUUGAAGAUAAAUUAAAUGUAAACAUAAAACUCAAUUU